AUGUCCGCGCGUCAUCAUCUCUCUGCAAGGGCCCUCGGCAAGCGCCCGGCCCGCGACGAAGAGGAGGAGGAAGAAGAAGAAGGGGAGGAUGUAGAGUUCGACCAUGGCUAUGGUCCUGAAGCGCGUUCUGAGAGCGCAGCGAGUUUGCGCCCCGAUACACCGCUCUUCACCAUGCCUUUGACGGGCGCUCCCGCCCGCUUCGCGUUCUGGUUCAAACAUUCGGAUAAAGCUACAUUACGGGAUUUCAAGCAGAAAGUCCUGGAUAAUGGUGGUGCGCUUGCGUAUGAUGGCCGAAGCGGCAAGGCCAUCUAUGAGAGCAAUAAGCCGGAUGUCGACAUCUUCGUUUUCGACGAUGCAGCGCGGUAUGAAAAGGCCGUCGGACGCUUUCGCACUUCUACCAUAACCAGGGUUUAUCUUGCUCGCAAAAUAGACUCUUGGAUCUCUUCUGGGAGUUUCGAUUUCCACGUUCCCGUUACCAAGGGCAUGCCAGGUCGCCCUCCAGGUCAGAUGUAUCGGACCAAUUUCACUGCCGAGGACGAAGAUCUUAUGUGCCAUUUCCUCGCUCAGUGGUUACCUGACGAGAACCAGGGAGGGCGGCAGGGCGCCAAUGCAUACGAGCAGAUGCUCCUCUCGAGGUUUGAUUGGCCGGGUGCCGAGCGCCACAGUGCCGAAUCAUGGCGGUCUUACUACGUGCGGAACAAGAGCAGGCUCGACCCCAUUAUACGCGAAAUAGCCGAGCAACAGCCGCCAAGCGAAACUGGCUUGGGUGUGGACCACCGCGUCAGGCGGGAGCGUUUGCUCCCUAGGGUCUCCAUCAGCCCGCUGGAUGACGAGGAUGAGGGUGUACUGGGCGAAGAGGGAAGUGAGGCCUCGGUGGAUCGAAGCCGCGACUCAACACCCGCACAACGUUCUUCUUCUACCUCAGAGAAGCGCCGCCGUUCUGUAGGAGAACAUCAGGGUACAAACAGUAAACGCCGCCGACAAGAGAGUCGCCCAGACCGCGCUACCGUGCUGCCGAAGGUUGCGCGUACCAGUCGUACCGCGUCUAUCGCCGGGUCGGACGCUCAUCAUCCUAUAGAGUUGGACGACUUUGGACCUGAGGCCGACUCCCUUCAAUCCUCAACGCAGCGGCCGCAGAAAAACGCUUCCAAGAUGCAGCAUCCGCAACUCCGUUCUUCCUCUGCAAGGCCAUCAUCUUCCCGCCAUCGGUCGUCUCAAGCGUUGCGACACGCUGAUCGUCGCCCUGAGCAGCUGCAUACUGCGAAACGUUCUCGACGACUUCAGACAUCUCCCUUUCCAUGGAGCGGCGAAGAAGCCGUUGACAGGAGCUCGGAGGAGGAUGCGCUCGAGGUAUCGCAAGACCUCCUUGGGGUCGUCGCUGACCGUGAGAUGCCGCGAAUCGAUCGUAGGGCCGCUCCCGUUCAGCGGCAGAGCGGACACAGUGAGCACGGCACACAGCAUCUGCGCAAAGUACAAGACGCGCAACGACGCAGCGCUCCCAAUCGUCGAGCACCCGUCGUGACGGCCUCGGGCGAUGAAGACUCGGACCUUGAAGGGUGCUUUCUGGAGAAACAUUCGCGUACAUCUUCGUCGCAAUAUUUCAGGCGGUCCAGCCUCUCUGACCGAGCGCUCAGUGUUAGCCAAUGA